AUGGAGGCGACGGUGGCCUGGGGGUUGACGAAGAGGCCACAGAGAAGGAUCAUCAGCUCGUACCACCACCACUCGAGGCACACGGACGCGCAUGUCGGUACGGCCAGUCGGAGCAGAGCGGACCACCCACGUAGGCAGUCAACGCCGGGGCUGACCCACGAAUCCUCGUAGACGCGGGAGACGAGGAUGUAGCACAGGAGGCUGAGGCAGAGGUUGAGGUUGGUCAGGACCAUGGAGAGGGCCACUCCGGCGAUGCCCAUUCGGAGACGGACGACGAGGAAGUAG